AUGGGCCUGAUAUCGGCAUUCACGCUCAUCCGGACCAUCUCGCUCUUCCACCUCACCGCUGCCUACUUCUUUCUCACCGCCCCGAGAGUUCUUGCUGACCAAAAUGUCGUCUUUAUCCUGGGCGAGUCCAUGCGCAUGAAUCACGCGACGUCGCUUGACAAACCAAGCGAAGCUUCAGCCUUCAUCGCGAUUCUUCUGGCUUUCAUUGGACUGGCCGAUCUGACCGCAGCAUCUAUGCACGAAGAAGCAGCACUGCACUAUUGGACGUCCAAUGUGCCUGUCCGACUGGCGUUUUUAUUCGGUCUGUCUGGCUAUGUGUAUCUCUUCAGAGAGGACGGCGCUUUCGGCUCGGGUUCCACUGCGAGCGCAGGCAUAGGCGAGCCGUUGCAAAACAGUUUGGUGUUUACCUUUGCCUUCCUUGAGAUUGCCAUGUGGUUUUGGAACAGCACGAAAGCAGCUCUCCUACGAGCAUCUUUACCCAUUGUUCAACCAUUCCUGCCUUCCAAGCUCUUGCAAUUCUGCCCACGUUCACGCGGGCUUGUGGCGACUUUCGAGGUUGGAUUUUUGAUUCGCGAGUGCACGUCGGAGGGCGCUAUUACAGCUCUGAUUUCCUCUACGGACGCUGUCGCGCGUGGUCUCAGACUUCCGGAGAGGAAGUUGCUGUUCUUGUGGAAGGCGCCGUAUAAUAAGUCAUUCCAAGCCCUGGCAGUGUAA